AUGUCUUCAUCAACUGAGAGUCCCAGGACCGUCCCUGAGCAGUUUACCGGCUAUGCCGCGUUUUCUGCCGAGACCUGGUCGGAUCUCAAACUCCACAAAUUCACCCCCAAGCCGUUCGGAGACUAUGACAUCGAUAUCAAAGUCCGCUACUGCGGCGUCUGCGGCAGCGACCUCCAUGUCCUCCGCUCCGGCUGGUCACCGUCGAUAUAUCCCUGCGUCGCCGGCCACGAGAUCACGGGCGAAGUAAUCCGCGUCGGACCUCUUGUCACCUCGCCCUCACUCCAGCCAGGCACUAUCGUCGGUGUCGGCUCACAGGCCUGGUCGUGCGGGGGUUGCGAUGCCUGUGCGGGUGAAGACAUUGGCACGAAGCCAGGCGACGGUAAGGACUGGGGUGCGGCGGGGGAGCAUGGCCAUGGCGGUGAGAAGGGUUUGAGAGGGGGGAAGGAGAACUACUGCAAGGAGGUUGUGGAGACGUAUAAUUGGAGGUAUAAAGAUGGGAGUGCGGCAUAUGGCGGAUAUGCGGAUUAUGUUCGGAUCCAUGAAAACUUUGUGUACCCGAUUCCUGAGGGCAUUCCCGAAGAAAUAGUAGCGCCUAUGUUCUGUGGCGGCGUGACAAUGUAUUCACCCCUCAAGCGCGCCAACGUCGGCCCCGGUUCCAAAGUCGGGAUUGUCGGCAUCGGAGGCCUCGGCCACUUCGGCAUCCUGUUUGCAAAGGCCCUCGGUGCCACCGUCACCGCCAUUUCUCACUCUCCUCGCAAAGCCGCCGAUGCGAGCGCCCUCGGUGCCUCCCAAUUCCUCUCGACCGCCACGCCGGGAUGGAACGCUCCUCACCUGCGAACACUCGAUCUCAUCAUCAGCACCAACUUCUCGACGGACAUGCCGCUAGGCGAGUACCUCUCGCUGCUGAAGGUGGGGGGUACUCUUGUGAUCUGCGGUAUCCCGGAGGGUGAUUUGCCGCGGUUGUCGUGGGCGGAUAUUGCGGCGGCGAAUUUGGCGAUACGGGGGAGUAAUGUGGGGUCGAAGAAGGAGGUGGCCGAGAUGCUGGAGUUGGUGAAGGAGAAAGGUGUCCAGAGUUGGGUGGAGGUUGUGGGGAUGAAGGAUGUGGAGGACGUGGUGAAGAGGUUGGAUAGAGGGGAGUGUAGGUACAGGUAUGUGUUGAAGGCGGAUUUUGAGGAGUAG